AAAACGAGCGAGCACCCAGACAGAAAAUGGCCGCCAUGCAGUGUGCGUCUGAUAUAUCUGUUUUAUAAGCUUUAUUUAUAUUGUUCGGCUGUUGCGUUACGCGCUUUUUUCCUUAAGGGAUUAGCACAAUGUUCAAAAGGGCGAAACGAGCUAACUUGCGGCGGAGGAAUGACUCCGACGAGGACGAGCAGCAGGAGAGCCAGCCGCAGUCUUUUGCGCCCACCUCUUUCGGGCCUGUGGUUGAAAUCCCGUUCAUUGAGACCAGCGGGGCUCCAAGCAGCGAGGAAAACUGUUUCAGUAACGGCUUUCUGUCAAACCUGAACAUUAUGAGACCCGUGAAGAAGGAAAAGAAGUGCAAAGAAGUUCCAGUGGUAGUUCCUCCGACUAAAGCCAGUUUGUUGAGUUUUGACGAUGACGAAGAGGGAUCCGAGGUAUUCCGCGUGAAGAAACCCAAUCACAGCAAGAAGAUAGUCAAGCAGCUGAAGAAAGAAUACAAAGAAGAUUUGCAGAAAUCGGGAAAUGUCAAACAGGAAACCAAAUCUGAUGCUCCCCCUCAGCCUGUGUUUACUGUGAAAGAGGAGGCUAUCAGCAGAGGCAGCAGUGAACACGGAGAGGAAGAGAUGGAAGUGGAGAGUGGAGAUGAACAGGAUGAAGAAGCAAAAGCUCAAGGGGGUCAAUUGUCCAGGGGCAGGAACGUAGGAUCAUCAUUCAACACACUGUCAUCUCUCACAAGCCUGAAGCCAGGAGAAAUUCCUGAUGCAGCAUUCAUCCAUGCUGCUAGGAAACGUCGGCAGCUUGCGAGAGAGCUCGGAGGGGAAGCUCCUCUGGUGGAGGCCGAGCCUUCUAAGAAACGUAUGACGCAAGAAGACAGGGACUGCAGCGAUGAUGAAGAUGAAGACGAGAAGAGGAUCCGCUUUAGUGGUGUCAAGAACAAAAGUCAGAGACAGAAGAUAGCUGAAGAGAUAGGUAUUGAGGGUAGUGAUGACGAAGCACUGGAUACAGGUCAAGAUGAGGAAGUAAGCCGCUGGGAGCAAGAACAGAUUAGGAAAGGAAUCAGCAUUCCCCAGGUUCAAAGCAGUCAGCCAGAGGACAGCACAGCCUACUACCAAAACAGCUAUGAAACUCAGCCCUACGGCUCCUCCUACAGUAUGCCUUUCACCUACAGUUCAGUGGCUCCACAGCCUGGAAAGAUUCCCAGCCUCUCUGACAAUGGUUCUGUUCGCUAUGGGGCUCCUAUUUGUGAUCUAACUCCCGUGUCCAUUGAUCUGGUAAAGAAGCGCUUGCAGGAUAGGCUUACCCAAAUGCAUGCAGGCCACAACGCGAACAUCAAACGCUACGAACAGAUAAGAGAUGAACUAGAGGCCUCUGAGAGCACCAUCCAUCAGCUUGAGGGUUCAUCCAAUGAUAAUGCAGAUCGAUACAAAUUCUUGCAAGAAAUGCGAGGGUAUGUUGGAGACUUGCUUGAGUGUUUCAGUGAAAAGGUGCCUGCUGUCCUGGAGCUGGAGGCUGCCAUGCACCAGUUACUAAGGCAACGGGCUGCACGGCUUGUCCAGAGAAGACAGGAUGAUAUUAAAGAUGAAUCGUCGGAGUUUGCAAGCCUUUCAAAUAAAGCAGUCAUGGCGCCCAGUCUGGACUCAUUCGGUCGAGAUCGUGCUGCAUACCAAGAGAACAGUCGACAGAGGAGGAUAGCUGAAAGAGAAGCAAGAAGAACUCGUCGGCGACAGGCUAGAGAGCAGAAUGGAAAAAGGGCUGAGCAUAAAGAAGGCCUGUCCUCUGAUGAUGAAGAAACCUCUACAGAUAUCACCAGCUUCAACAUGGAGAGAGAUCGCAUCAAGGCAGAAAGUAAAAAAGUAUUUGAGGAUGUGGUGGAGGACUUUCAUUCUCUUGACUGCAUCAAAUCCCGUUUUGAGGUCUGGAGAAGAGAAUACCCGGACUGCUACAGAGACGCUUACAUCGGCCUCUGUUUACCGAAGCUCUUUAACCCGUUAGUUCGUCUGCAGCUCAUCACGUGGAACCCUCUCGAGGAGCCGUGUGCAAACUUCGAGUACAUGCUAUGGUUUGAGUCGCUUCUGUUUUAUGGAUUUGAGGAGCACAGAACGCUUGAAAAAGACGACGGGGAUAUCGGCUUGCUGCCUGCUAUUGUAGAGAAGGUUCUUCUCUCCAAACUAUCAGUACUGGCAGAGCAAGUGUGGGACCCGCUGUCAAGCAGUCAGACAACGAGGCUGGUGAGCUUCAUUCACAGACUCGCUGAAGGUUAUCCAACUGUGCUGCAUGGAGACAACCAGUACACACAGGAGCUUUUGAAAACAAUAGUCUUACGGACCAGACGGACUCUGGAUGAGGAUGUCUUGCUUCCACUUUACCCUAAAAAUGUGAUGGACAAUAAGAACAGUGGUGCAUACCUGUUCUAUCAGCGACAGUUCUGGUCCUGUGUAAAGCUGCUGGGCAACAUCAUUCAGUGGGAUGGCAUCUUAUCCUAUUCCUGUCUGAAGGAUCUGGCUUUGGAUAGCACUCUUAACAGAUACAUCUUGUCCGCGCUGCAGACCACAGAUAUCGGAGAGGAGAACGUGCAGAAAUGCCAGAAGGUGGUGGAGUGUUUGCCAGCCCAGUGGUUCUCUGGGCUGAAAGGCCAGCAUACCUUGCCCCAGUUGGAGCCUCUGUGUCGCUACCUCACACAUCUGGCCAACACACUGCACCGCAGCAGUGUGGGGGCGUCUGAUAACGAGCGGCGCACCACUAGGGAGCAAGUAAGGGAAGUGGUGAGGAUGUUGGGACGCGUGAACGCCCUGGACCACAUCAUCGCCGUGGCAGAAGAGCACGGCGUUAAAGACAUUAAGCAGCUCAUGGAAGUGAAAUAACAGAAAACAACCAGAGACUAUUUUUCCUUGACAUUUUUUGCUGCUCUGAACAUUUAACGCCAAUGAUGGGGGAAUCUAGGAAAAUGUACAUUUGCAUACAUGAAUUUAAACUCAGCACCUGUUACACUUACACGAUUAGAGGACUCUUUUUGUAAAUAUUGUAAAUAAUGUAUAGUGUUCUUGACAGCCCAUGGGCACGAAGCUGAAAUGUAAUUCCGUCUUGCAAACUCAGAAAGUAUACUUUGAAAAGAAAUUUAAAACCCAUAAUUUAUUAGGAGUAAAAAUGUGUCAUCUUGAGUACGAUUUUGAAAAUAUUCUAUCUCUGAAGUCUUAACUCCACCAUUUGAGUUUUUGACUGCCGAUAUUUACUCUUUGGAACCAUUUCUUCUGAUUGUGUUAAAAGGCAAAGUUACUCGUGCUCUGUAACAGUUUUUUUUUUUUGUUUGUUUUUUUUUGACUCCAAUCUAAACCAUAAGCACCGCCAUCACAUCCAAAAGGCUCUGGUAGUAUGUAAGUUAUAUUUUUAAUGUUGUUUUACCUGUGAAUAAAAUAUAGAUUGUAAAUGAUUGUUGUCUUCCUGCCCUAAAGGGAAAAAUAUACUACAGCACCAAAACUUAUACCAGUAAUUCAAGACGUCUGAGUUAUUUAGAUUCAUUUUACACAAAUAAAAUUAAUCUUAACUGCUCAUUUCAGCUGUUAUAGCCAACCUCUUCUGGCCAUCCAUUUUGGCUUUUCAUAUUUUUGGUCAGAGCUGAAAGACACAUGCAGGGUUUUUGAACAUAAAGUUUAAAGUUUUGUUCUAGAGAUUUGUGAGUUUUCAACACCUAAUAAAGAAAAUUACUCCUAAAAUGACUAGGAAGAUAAUUUGAGUAAGUAUGAAACAUUUUGUAGAGAAACUUUUGUAAUUCAAAACAUCUGUUUUGAGAAAUUAAUAAAUUGGUCAGGUUUGAUUUUGACCUCUUCUAUCACCCAAACUCUUCAAAUCAUGACAUAUUUGUAGUGAUUUUUGUGUACAACUGAUCUUUACUUUUUUUUCCCACAAACUUCCAAGUUUAUAGAAAACUGGUUGUUCUAGCAGUUUACCUUUUUGUAAAAUCUGGAAAGAUAUGUCUUUGGACUACUGGCCACACCUGCUUCAUCUUUAGAUUUUUAUCAAGAAUAUCAUUUGUCAUUUCAUGAUCGUAAUUUCAGCGUUAGCUUCACUUGAUCAGACAUUUUGCUAGUACUAUACUGGCCUUUCUAAAUGUUCAAACUUUAAAACGGCUUCAAUGUAAUUUUUCUUCUGUAAUGGAUUCUUGUGCAGUGAUUUUGCUUUUCUAAGCUUUCUAAGUAUUGAUAACCUGCAACUGCUUUCUAGACUUUCUAUGCCUUUGUACCUUUUAACCAAGUGUUAUUCCAUUCAUCAGUCAUGUUUUUCACCCAUAACUUCCUUUAUAAUUACUUUGGUUUGAUCUUUUUAAUUUUUGCUUGUGUUGUUGCCAAUAUAGUGUAUUUCUUCCAUUAGAUAUAUUUAAACUUGGAGAACAUUGACAUGUUUAAUUUUAUUUAUUUAUUAUUUAUUUAUUUUUUACCUGCUAGACUGCUUUGGAUCUCUGACCAGUCCAGCCCGUUUGCCCCUUUUGCAAACGGGCUGGACUGUUUGUAAGAUGGUUCUGGUGUUGUCUGGUACAGAAGUGGCAUAAUGCAAGAAAUGUGUCAGCAGUAGCCAUGUCUGUAAUAUGUCAGUGUGGGAUGGGUCUUGAAGCACAGAUUUUGUCAACAUGACUUUUGAAUUUGGCACAAAUACUUGAAACAAAGGCGAUUCCUUUGUUUGUUUCUAUUCUGUAGAUGUAUCUUAAGUCAAUGCUGGUGCUUCUACUACACUUUUCCGCUCAACUUUCCAUUGAUAAACACUCCUUGUGUACCAUUGACUGUUAGGUCAGCAGUCUUUGCUAGAAAACACACAUUUGUGUUGAAAACAUCUUUUAUGUAAUAUUUAUAUCAGAAUAAAGUACUCAAAAUAUAUCUGUAAUGAA